AUGUCAGAAGACAAGCCAGUGGAGGAAUUGAAAUUGCCAUGGUGGCGAGGCCUUAAGCUGAAGCUCUUACUUAUGAGUACUGGAAUACUAGUGUCAUUCUCGUUGAUGGUAUAUGCUGCAAUGCUUUUAGCAUCAUCGACAGCUCCUUCCGAGUCUUCCUCAUCAGCAUCAGCAUCAACAUCAACAUCAACAUCAGUGGCAAUUGAAACAAGCGUGAACUCAAUGCUGUCCACUCUACCAAGUUUCAGUCCAUCUAUAACACCAUCGAAUUACCCAAGCCAGAAACCUUCAAAUAUUCCGACCGCAAAUCCGACGAAUCUUCCUUCGCUUGCCGCAUCCAUGAAUCCGUCUUCACAGCCUACAGAAAAACCAACCCUCAUACCCACCAAAAGAGCUACUCUAGCACCAACGGAUCCACCAACACACAAACCGACACCCUUCCCUACCAGCCGACCCACAGAUGGACCCACGGCACGCCCACCUUCUGAGGCUCCUUCUCCAAGGCCAUCCAAAGAAAAUCCAUCUUCACAGCCAACAGAAAUACCAAGCCCCGCUCCUACCAAAAGACGUCAAAUACCAUUAACGAAUCCACCAACACCAACAACAAGUCAACCUUCUGAGGUUCCCUCUCCACGGCCGUCCACUACAAAUCCAUCUCCACAGCCCACUGCAAAGCCAACCCUAUUCCCUACCAAACCACCUACAACACCGCCGACAGAUCCACCAACAGGUCAGCCCACAAAUCGACCUACACUACGUCCGCAUUCUGAUGCCCCAUCAACACGUCCCUCCAAAGCAGAAGUUGCUGUGAUCGAACAAACGGCAUCUCCCUCAGCACCACCAAUAGUAUCUGAGCUCAUCUUGGAGACCAAUUUUGUCGUGAUGGGUGAUAUUCCCUACAAUAUUGAAGAAGAGGCUACCCUCAAAAAGCAUAUUCGAGAAAUUCCAGACGAUUUGGAGUUUCUAUUUCAUGUGGGUGACAUUCGGAAUGGAGCCAGCCGUACUACCGACUGCACCUUGGAAGAAUUCCAAAAAGUGGCUGAUAUGCUAUUGAAAUCGCCAAUUCCUGUCUUUAUCGUUCCAGGAGACAACGAAUACAACGACUGUCCCAACUUUGAAGAAAGCUUUAUCAAUUGGUUGACUGUAUUUGGCGAGUUUGAAAAGAAUUGGAGUCUUCCCUUUUUGGUGUCACGAGACCGAAAAAGGCCCGAAAACUUCUACUUUGUCUACAAGCAAGUGCUGUUUAUUGGGUUGAACAUUGUUGGCGGAAGGGUUCGUGAUGUUGAAGAAUGGGAAACGAGAUUGGAGCACAAUUUCAAAUGGACCAAGAUGCUAGUGGAAACCUUUGUAGUACAACCGGGAGCUUCGACUGUGGUGAUUAUUGGGCAUGCGGACCCUCGAAAGAUUGCCCAUGGCACAUUUUUUGAUCCGUUGAAAGCCUACAUGACAGAUGAGUUGGACAAUGAAAUUCCUUUCUUCUAUAUGAAUGGGGAUCGACACUACUUUCAGCUUGAUGAAUGGAUGCCAAACUUUCAUCGCAUCAUGGUGGAAGGUGGCAGUAGGGAGCCUCCCCUUCGAAUGACGAUUUCGGUUCCAAGGCAUCCAAAAAGUGGCUCGCUUCAAAUUGAGGAUAUUUAUGACUACGAAAGGUAUCCAUCAUAA